GUUUACUCUGGCCUGUCUGACCUCUGAGAAGCAUAUAACCCCAGAUGAGUAUUUUUCACUUGCUCCACCAAAACAGGAAGCUGUGGGUCCCCACUGAGUCACUGGAUUGCUGCUAGUUGUCAUCCUGUUUGCCUGUGCUGGUUUCAUCACCAUCGUGAAAUAUACUCUGGGGAAAAAAAUAAGAGGCUUCUGGUCCUCCCAAUCACUGGAAAACAAGAGAGUUAACACACAAUGAGGGGAGAAGAACCUCAAAGUAAACUAGAAGGAGGCUGCCAUUCCCAGCUCAUCCCUUGGGCCAUUGCCAUUGUUCUCAUCUCAGUUCUCAGUGUCUGUUUUAUUACAAGUUGUUUGGUGUCUCAUCGAAACUUUGUACGCUGCAGAAGAAGCAUGAGUGGGUUCCAGUUACCAGAGCAGCACACAAAGCUGACGUGCAUCAGAGAGAAAUCAGAACUGAAAGGUACAGAGAGCGCCUGGAAUUGCUGUCCUGUUGGCUGGAGAUCUUUCCAGUCCAACUGCUAUCUUCCUCUUAAUGACAACAAGACCUGGGCUGAGGGGGAAAGGAACUGCACAGGGAUGGGGGCUCAUCUGGCCACCAUCAGCACAGAAGCUGAGCAGAACUUUAUUAUUCAAUAUUUGGAUAGACGAUUUUCGUAUUUCCUGGGACUUACGAAUGAGAACCCUGAGGGCCAGUGGCAUUGGGUGGACAAGACACCAUUUAACCCACAUAUAGCAUUCUGGCAUGAGGGUGAACCCAACAACUAUCAGAAAGAAAACUGUGUUAUCCUUGUAAAUGCUCAAGACAAAUGGGCCUGGAAUGAUUUUCCCUGUAAUGCUGCGAGAAGAAGGAUUUGUAAGAUACCUGGAACAGCAUUCAACUAGAAACCUAUGAAGGCGUCCUUGUGUUGAGGACAGAGAAGAACCAAUGAGACUAGGGCAGCAUGUAGGUGCAUCAUUGGAAUAGAGAAAACAUGCUGAGUCAUAGAACAUUUUCAGUCAUGAUGGCCUUAUUUAUUUUUGUUCAUUUCAUUCAAGAUAAUGUGUUUUUGUCUGGUGGUUUAGUGGAAAGAAUCAUCUUUUCUGUGAAAAUCAGUUUUCAUUAACUUUGCUUGCUUUCUUUUUUUUUUAAUUUUAUUUAUUUUUUCCCCCAAAGCCCCAGUAGAUAGUUGUAUGUCAUAGCUGCACUUCCUUCUAGUUGCUGUAUGUGGGACGUGGCCUCAGCAUGGCCAGAGAAGCAGUGCGUCGGUGUGCGCCUGGGGUUCCAAACCCAGGCCGCCAGCAAUGGAGCGCGCGCACUCAACCGCUAAGCUACAGGGCUGGCCCUAACUUUGCUUUCUUGAUAGUUUUUCAAAGCAUUUACUUUUUGAUUGGUGUGCAUUGGCUACAUAUCUAACAGAAUGGCUUAAAGGGUGUAAUCUCUUAGUCAUUUUUUCCUCUGCUCAGAUUCUUAGCACUUAAAAUUCAAAGGCAGGAUAUUCCAACUGGUAGUGGUAUACUAUUUUUUUUAACCCAAAUAUCACAAAUAUUUUGUCUCAAGUUGAACUUAAUGUCUUUUUGAGUGGAAAAGUCUCUUAUGGCCUACCUUAACCAAACUCCUUCAAUUUGUAUAGCCGAGGAAACAAAACCCUCAGGGAGCCAAUGAGCUCACCUUCACGUCGCUAGUUCAUGACAGAAACAGGACUAUGACCCAGAUCUACCUUCAUGAGUGGUGAAACGUAUUCCCUUUGGUAUUAUGGAAAAGUUACUGGGGCUGACUUGGCCUCUUGGCUAACAGAUAAAAGUUCUUAAUUAUUCGAAGUAACAUUGUAUUAGUGUUUCUAUAUUUUUAAUCUGAAUCAGAAAGAAUCAUAUUUUCAACUCAUUGAUGUAAAUUGUUAACAUGUUUCUUUAGAGCUAUAAAGCUAUAGUUCAAACUAACAAGGAAGUCAUUGUUUUAACAACAUGAAAUUAUGAUUUUGUGAUAUAUGCAGUACUAACUAUGAAGCGGUCACAUCCAAUGUCAACACAAUAUGUUGGUCUUUCUUAAAAUUCUCAAUUAGCUGCUGUUUCCUGGAUCUAAGUUAAAAAAAAAUUCAAGCAACAGCUUUUUAACUUAAAUUCCUUACCACUAUUUUUAAAAACAGUAUUUAUUAUGUAAAUAAUUAGUGAUUUUCUGAGUUUGGAAUAUUAACAUUUGAUAGAUUAAGUGUGUGUGUGUGUGUGUGUGUGUAUAUGUGUCUGUGUUUAAGCUGAUACUUUUAAGUGAAGUGGUGCUAGGUGAUUUUAAUUGUGUUUGCCAUAUUCACUAAAUUCCAUAGCACAAAAUCUUUGUAGAUUUGUUGAAAAUAACAAUAACUUGUUGAAAUAACUUUAUGUAAAUGCUAAUAAGCUUUGUAGAGAUAAUAUUAUCCAUUUUUAAUUUGUAUAAAACUGUAUAUAGAUAGAGAUUCAGUUGUCAAUAAAAUGUGACCUCUUUGUGAUGUUAUACAUCUAUGUCUCCAUCUCUAUCUCUAAUCUGCUUCUCCCAAUGCUGCCCAUUUUUCACUAACUCCAUGGUGACCACCACAGACCAAGGUACCAUCUCUCUUACGUAGACUACUGCAAUGGCCUUCUGAUUGGUCUCCCUGUUUCCACCCUUAGUUCUUCAGUCUAUUCUCAACCCUCAUGGCCCCUCUCCUAUUCUUCACAAUUUCUUUAAGACAGCUGAGAGUAAUUUCAUAAAAAUAAAUACUAAUUUUUUAGUACAUUGUGGUAGUCCUAGAAGUUUGAAACAGAAAAAGUUUAAAUACUGUUUCCAUCUUUGAAAAAGAAAUGUAUAUAUAUGUUAGAAAGACAAACAGUAAAAACAUUUAUUAAAGUAUAAGAUAAAUCUUCCUUCCACCCUGAACUCCAUCCAGUCCCCUAAAUGCGUCUUCAGAGUAACUAUGAUUAUCAGUUUCUUUUAUGUAUUUCAAUAUAUGUUUACAUGUAUUAUAUAAACACGUAUAAAUAUAUAACCCUCAAUUUUUACACUAAUGGAAACAUUGCCUACAUAAUCUUGAACAUUUUACAUUUUUUAAUUUAACAAUAUAAUUUAGAAAAUCUUUCAUACCUUGUUCCUUAUAAGUAAAUAGUGUUUCACUGUAUUGGUGUAUUACAAUUUGAAGUAACCUUAAAAUGACAAAAUAUUUCCUUUAGGUAAUAAAAAUCAACAAAAUAAUGGCUGUGAAACAAACUACAAGAGCAAUCCCAGUUCAGAUCAGAAAAGGAAGACAGAGUUCCAAGAACAUUUCUUUUCCCCAUGAAAAUAUAGGACUAAUAAAAUGCGCUUAAUACAUUGAGAGGUGAUGUAUGAUUCCGGGAGAGUUAAGGGAUGAAUUAUUAAUUAGUGCAUACAAAACUAGAUAAAUAUGAAAAAUGAUGCCAAUAUUAGCUACAUGAAAAGAAAAAUGUGUUUAAGAAUACACAAUCAUGAUAUAGUACAUGAUUCAACUGUGAAUAAUAUUUACAUAUUCAUAAAAAUGUAAAUGUUGAAUAUUGUUUUAACAAUAAAUUAUGAUUUAGUGAUAUCAGAA